AUGUUUCAUCACUCUCAUAGUACGAGUCGUUACGUACAUACAAGACCAAUUAUUUCACUAAAACCAAGUUACAAUUCAGUAAUCAGAGGUUGUCCUGGUAUAUCAGAUACUUUACCUCGAAUUGAAUGUCAAUUACAAAUAAGAUCCAACAAUGGGAAACUUUUCAGAAUUGAGAAAAUUGAAGUAACUUUGAAAACUAUUGAAUCGCUGAUAACCACAACGUCAAAUAAUGUUAGGUCGUUAACUAAAUCGAAAUUGAAAUCCAAGAAUGAAAAGCACAACACACAUUAUAAGAAAAACAUACUGAUAUCGGAAAAGGACCUUAUUGGUAUUGAUAUUCCUUUGACCAUAGGAUUACCCGACGAUAUUAAAGAGACCAAUUAUAAUAAAGAAUUUGGCAAAUGUAUUACAGUGCUAGAAUGUAACGUAUCGUAUAUUGGAAAUGAUAAUGCGAGUGGAAGCACCUCUGCAAAGAUUGAAUCCUUCAGUCAAAUAAUUAAUGUAGAAAGAUAUGUAUAUAUUCCUUCCAAAAGACUAUUUCCGCCCAUCACGAAAAAAGUUUCUUCUCCAGACAAAAGACUUCUAAUAUCUUAUUCUAUAGAAAAUCCAUGUUUAAGUAUAGAUGAUCUUUUAAAGUUAGAGAUUGAAAUAAAACCUGACUUAUUCCAAGAAUCCACUCAUAACAGUCCACAUAUACCGAAUGAUAAUGAUCGAAUAUUCAACAAGAGAAAAACAAAGAUAAAAUCCGUAACUUUCAGAUUGAAAGAAUUCUUAGAAGUUCAUAAUCCAGAAUUCCCAUCUGAUGAAACUAAAGAAAAUAUUUUGAAAGAAGUAUCAACUCCAGUGAAUCAAGUGGUUACAAAUAACGGUAUUACAUUUAAGACGAACGUCAGAGUAUGUUCUAAGGACUCUUUAUUCAAAAAUUUCGAAUCAACAAUGCAAGAACCUGCCUUUCUUUUUAAGUUACCUCCAGAGCACUCAAUCCCAUUUAUCAAGCAAGGAACAUUACAGAAUCAAACCACUAGGCAAAUAAAUACGAAACUUUUACAGAAUAAAACAAACGAUGUACCCAUACAGUAUCACAAUUCAAUUACAACAAUGGGUACUUUAUUUUCAAUUUUCCAUUCGUUGGAAAUGAAGUUCAAACUAGGCAAUGGUAAGAGCUUCCAACUACAUCAAAGACUGGAUAUAGCUCGUUGGCCAGUAAGUCAGGUUAAAUAUAUCGAACAAAUAAUUCAAAAAGAGAAGCAAACUGCUAAUUAUGCGAAACAAUUUUAUAAUAAUUUCGGUUCCAUAAAAAGAAAUAAACAUUCUGGAAAUUUAGAAUAUCCACCAUUACCACCUGUAGUAUACUAUCCAGAUGCUGAAACGUUUGACAAAUUUGGAAUCAUAUAUGAUAGUACAUCCGAUAAUGAAUAUGUAACUUCGAAAGCAAGAUUACCUCGAAGGAUUGCUGUUAUUGAAUGA